AUGAUGACCCGUAUCCCAUUUGAGACAGUAGAGAAGUUUGAGGAGCUUGGUCAGACAGUCACACCCACUAGAGCGAGGUUCAAUAUUGACCCGGAGUUCUUCCGACGACAUCUACUGUUUGAAUCAAGGCCUGGAAGAAAAACCUUGAAGAACACCGCCAUGCAGAUCCUUCCAUCUUGCUACUCGGACAUGCUGUCGUUAGCGGUCACCACCAUUGACCUGCAGAAACAAGAUAUGCAAAUCAAGCACGACCAGGAGCAGUUAGAUGAGCUGCGAAGAUAUUGGUCUAAGCGGAUGAGUAACUACACGAGGAAACUUGCUCUAUUGAAUUCUCCCGAUAUGGCCGCAGGCGAUCCAUUUCCUCGAGACGUCUCUGUUCACAACUUUGACUCCUUUUCGUUGGAGCAAACAAUCUCCAUCUACGUCCCUCCUGAUUGGAAAGGCCGUUUAGGUAUUGUCUGGCACGAUGGUUUGCAACAAUUAGGCGAAGAGUUGAAAUGGCCAUGGGAGACUGGACCUGGUACUCAGGCGACCUCUUUUCUGAAAUAUCUACCAACACCGCUGCACAGCCCCGGAAUCUCCUUCAACGGCAGAAGCAGAACACUCAGAAACCAAGCCGAAUCCAUCAACCCGUCAGCAAAGGUUGACAUUGUUUUGCGAGACUACCAGCAGCACAUCGAUCUAGCGCGUGCAGUUCACGAUCCCUUCUACGCCUUGAGCCCAUUCUUCAAUUUGGCAAUUUCGUCUGAAAUGGCAAUACUAGAUCUUGUUGAUACCAAGAUUAGAGAGGAGCUCAACCAUUCUCAUCUAAUUCACAAUAACAAUCUAACUCUGUCGAACCUGCUCUACCACCAGCAAGUCCUCCGGCGCCACAUUCGAAACCUCAAAGGGACUAUCGGUGCCAUCGUGUCGUUAGAUGCGCGAGAUCUGUCGGAGAAAACGUCCUAUAGCGAUGUCAAGGGCUCUAACCCACGGAAGAUUGAAUCUAUUCUGAAGGAUUACCGCUCGGCACUUACAUACGCCGAUGGCCUAGUUGCUGAAUGUGUGCAGGGGAUGACCAUCACAGCUCACAAUGCGACGAUCCGCGAGUCCGAAAAGGCCAUUGCCGAAGCUCAAGGUGUGACGAAGCUUACCAAGUUAGCCGUCUUCUUUGUGCCUCUAUCAUUUGUAGCUUCGGUGUUUGGAAUGAAUGUGCAAGAGGUCAAUCCUGGCAGCAAUCCGCCGUUUUGGUCGUGGGUUGUGGCAUCUCUUGCUGAGAGCUUGGAUGAGUUCCAUUCGGAGGAUGUAUAA